UUUUUAGUCUCUUGUGAAAGAUUUUAUUUUGCAAAUUUGUUCUGAACCAGGUCUUCUCUAAACGUCCUAUUCAGAAAUCUCUAAUUUCCAACUCCAGAUCUUUAUCUUAAAACUCAGAAUGAGCGAGAAGCAGCGUAAAACAAACUGUGUGGAGCAUCCAGCCGCAGGUUACAAGAAGCUUUAUGAUACAGCUGAGGAGAUGGCUUCCCCUAUGGCUACACAUGUUACCGGCCGAUUACCCCACUGGCUCUCAGGCAGUCUGUUGAGGUGUGGACCAGGAUUAUUUGAAGUUGGCUCUGAACAGUAUUAUCAUUUGUUUGACGGACAAGCCCUUCUCCACAAGUUUGAUUUUAAGGAAGGUCAUGUAACGUACCAUCGGAGAUUUAUUCGAACUGAUGCUUAUGUCAGAGCAAUGACUGAGAAGAGAAUCGUCAUUACAGAAUUUGGCACAUUUGCUUAUCCAGACCCAUGCAGAAAUAUAUUUUCCAGGUUUUUCUCCUACUUUAAAGGUUUGGAGAUCACUGACAAUGCCUUGGUUAAUGUGUAUCCAAUUGGAGAAGACUAUUAUGCCUGCACAGAAACUAAUUAUAUUACAAAGAUCAAUCCAGAGACAUUGGAGACAGUUAAACGGGUGGAUCUUUGCAAUUAUGUUUCCAUCAAUGGAGUCACAGCCCACCCCCAUAUUGAAAAUGACGGCACUGUGUAUAAUAUUGGAAACUGUUUUGGAAAACAUUUUGCCUUCGCCUACAACAUUGUAAAAAUCCCUCCACUGCAGGCAGACAAAGAAGAUCCCAUAAACAAAUCAAAAGUUGUUGUUCAGUUUCCCUGCAGUGAAAGAUUUAAGCCCUCAUAUGUUCACAGUUUUGGCAUGACUCCAAACUAUCUCAUCUUCGUAGAACAACCAGUGAAAAUCAACCUGUUUAAAUUCCUCUCUGCAUGGAGUAUUUGGGGUGCCAACUACAUGGAUUGCUUUGAAUCACAUGAAACAAUGGGAGUAUGGAUGCACGUUGCAGAAAAGCAUACAGGAGAAUAUCUGAAUAUAAAAUACAGGACCUCCGCAUUCAAUAUAUUUCAUCACAUAAAUAGUUAUGAAGAUAAUGGGUUUCUCAUUUUGGACCUUUGUUGCUGGAAAGGUUUUGAAUUUAUUUAUAAUUAUUUAUACUUGGCCAAUUUGAGAGAAAAUUGGGAAGAAGUAAAAAAACAAGCUGAAAAAGCUCCGCAGCCGGAAGUGCGCAGAUAUGUUCUGCCACUGGAUAUCAAGAAGGUUGAUACUGGUAAGAAUCUAGUGACCCUGCCUUACACCACAGCCACAGCCACUCUGCGCAGUGAUGAAACAAUCUGGCUGGAACCAGAGGUUCUUUUCUCAGGACCUCGCCAAGCCUUUGAGUUUCCACAAAUUAAUUAUACGAAAUAUGCUGGAAAAUGCUACACAUACGCAUAUGGGCUCGGAUUAAACCAUUUUGUUCCAGAUAGGCUUUCAAAGCUGAAUGUUAAAACCAAGGAAACACAGGUGUGGCAUGAACCAAACUCAUAUCCAUCAGAGCCUAUAUUUGUGCCAAGCCCCGAUGCCUUGGAGGAAGAUGACGGUGUGGUGCUGACAGUGGUUGUUAGACCAGCAGUAGGACACAAGCCAGCCUUCCUUCUCAUAUUGGAUGCCAAGGACAUGAGCGAGAUCGCUAGAGCUGAAGUAGACAUCAACAUACCAGUCACAUUCCAUGGAAUGUUCAAAAAAGCCUGAAACCAGAUAGAAUGACAAGUUGUGUUUGGAAACACUUAACUUUAUAUAUAUUACAAUUGCAAUGUUUACAAACAUAUAGAACAUAAAAAAUUUUUGCCAACAUAAUUUAUUAUUGUGGAUAAUGUAAAUUACUAUCUGAGACAAAUAUAAAAGUGCUCCCAUGUUCAGGCAUUCAAAUCCUUAAUAUUAAAUUGUGCAUUUUAGGAAAGAGAUUAAAGAAAAUGGCUAUUUGUAUGUAUAGGGACAUAGUGAUCUAUAGG